AUGGAAGACUUCAAGCAGAAUUCAUCGGCUCCCCAGAGCAGCCCCGGCAAUGCCCCGCUGCAGCAGCAGCAACAACAUCAGCAUCAGGAACAGCAGCAGCAGCAAGGACAGCAGCAGCAGCAACAACAGCAGCAGCAGCAGCGCCAGCAGCAAGCGCUGCGCAGACCUUCUAUGAGAGCCGCCUCACCAGUCAGUCGCUGUCAAAGCUGCGACAGUAGUGCAGAUUUCCUACGCAGGGGUUCGACUUGCUGCGGAAGCUCUAGUUUGCCUGUGUCUGUGAGAGGACCCGAUUUGCUGCUGCAGCAGCUGCAUGCGCUGCUGGGAUGUCUGUUUAAUAUGCAUUCAUUAGCUGAGUUAUCUGAGCCGUGUCUUGAAGCUUUAGAGAGAUAUAUUAGCAGCAACAUCUGCACAUCUUUUCUUCCGUAUAUUAACCCUUUCUCUCAAUCUAACUCUGCUGCUGCUGCUGCUGCUGCUGCUGCUGGGGGUGCUGCUGCUGGUUCUGGUGAUGGUAGUGGUGGUGCAGCUGCAGCAGCAGCAGCAGCAGCAGCAGCAAGAGAGGAGAGCGAGGAGAGCGGGGCCGGUGCAGCAGCAAACAGCAACAACAGCAGCUCCGAUGAAGAGCAGCAGCAGCAGCAGCAGGAGUUAGACAGAAGACAAACGAGGACAUACUCUGCACUAGAUGUGUCUGAGGAGAGCGUAGCAGCAGCAACACCUGCAGCAGCAACACCUGCAGCAGCAACACCUGCAGCAGCAACAGCAGGAACAGCAAAUUCAUCUCGAUACUCAAGCUUCAUCGACAGCCCCCGUAGCUGCAGCAGUUGUUCCUUAUCAUCGUCAUCAGCAGCAGCAGCAGCAGCAGCAGCAGGAACAGCAGCAGCAGCAGCAGCAGCAGGAUCUCCUGUAUACCGCCACGCUGUCGGCCCUUUAUUCCGUCCUCCUUUACCUUCUUCGUUUAUUGCUGCUCGUGAUCUGAGCAGCAGCAGCAGCAGCAGCAAUUUGCUGCCGGGGCUGCAUGCGCAGGCCACAGGCUGUAUACAAGAACAGUAUUAUACUCCUUUGCUGCUGGUUAGUGCAUACAGACGACUUGAUAAUAUUUAUAAAUUUGCUAAGCGGCUGUAUGUACCGCCUUCUGUUGAUGAAUGCAGGAAUCUCCUCAACUUAGCUCAGGUAUUAGCGACUCGCAGGAGCUUGCGUCUGCUGACACUAGACGGAGACGAGACUCUUUAUGCAGACGGUGAGAAUUUUCAACAGCCAGCGAUGGCUAAGCUGAUUGCUCAGCUGCUGAAGAAGGGCGUCAAUGUUGCUGUCGUCACUGGAGCAGGUUACGGCUACGAAGCAGACAAGUACGCAGCGCGUUUAGGAUGUUUGUUUGACGUAUUGAAGAGCGAGAAGUUAAAUAAAAAAGAAUGCAACAGAUUCUUUGUCAUGGGCGGAGAAUCAAACUACCUUCUACGUUUUGCUGCUGCAUUUGCUGCUGCUGCAUUUGCUGCUGCUGCAUUUGCUGCUGCUGCAUUUGCUGCUGCUGCAUUUGCUGCUGGCGCUUAG